GUUCCAGAAUUUUCAAGAUGGGUGCUAGGUAACAAGACAUGUGGGAUAUUUUACCUACGAUAUUCGUGUUCAAGUCAAGUCAAGUUCAGUUUUCCGCUCUCGGUUUGGAUAAGUUGUACUGUCCUUAAAAAUGGGGAAAACAAAGACUAAGAGCCAAAAGAAAGGCCGAAAGGCUGCUAGUCUUGUGGCCGAGGAGACGUACUCCACUGUGCCGCACACCUUCGUGUUUCAGCGUGGACAGAUCGGCAGAGUGUUGGACAUGAGACGAGUCAUGGAGCCGUUCACUGCCAGAUCUUUAAAGGUGCGGAAGAAAAACGUCUUGGAAGAUUUUGUUGCAGUGGCCGGACCAUUAGGAAUCACGCACUUCUCAAUAUUUACCAAAACAGAAAACAGUAUAAACAUGGUGAUGAUUUUACAAGUCACACUUUGCACUUUUUGCAGCGGUGUCAACCUUUCAGAGAGCGAGGCAGAGCAGGACGGGGACCACAACAUCACAGAGUUGCCACAGGUGUACUCGGGUCGUGGAAACAUGGCCUCGCAGCAGAGCGCAGUUCGGCUGACUGAGAUUGGCCCCAGAAUGACUCUGCAGCUGGUGAAGAUAGUAGAAGGCAUGGGGGAAGGAAAAGUGCUUUAUCAUUCCUUCGUCUCGAAAACAGAGGAAGAGCUUCAGGAGAUGCUGAACAGGAAGGAGGCCUGUCUGAAAGAGAAAGAAGAACGGAAGAGAAAGCAAGAACAAAACAUUGCCCUAAAAAAAGAAAAAUGAGAUCAAAACAAGAAAAAAAGCUUGGAUGGCAUCAAUAGAAAGCGGCAGCAGGAAGGGCAGGUAUCAGAUGAUGAAGUGGAGGAUCCUGGGAAACCGGAGGACCAGGCUCCAGCCGAGGAGUCUGAGGACGAAGCAGAGUAUUACAGACAGGCUGUAGGGGAGGAACCAGACGAAGACAUGUUUCCUGGUGCAAAAAGGAAGCGUGGUCCUGGAAAGUCUCCAAAACCCUUUAAAAAGAGGAAGCUGUCACCGGGGAUGGGCCCUCCUCAUGACAAAAAGAGUUUUAAGUCGCCUGACAGGGGAAAUAAAUAUGGCGGAAAACGGUUUGGAGAUAGAAAACCGCUAGAGGGGAGAAACAGGUUUCGGAAGAGCGAAGGAGGCAAAAAGUUUGGCCAAAAAGGGGGAAAAGGCUGUAGAUUUGCAGGGCAGAAAAAAGGAGAUCCUGGUAAGAAGUUUGGUGGACAGAAAUCAUUUAAAGGACGUGCUGUUACGAAACAACAGAAAGGUGCUAGAGGAAAAAAGGACUUGAAACACAAGAAAGGGAAAAUCUGAAGGAGCUGAAAGCGAGGUUGGACACAUCUAAACCACAAGAUGGAACUGUUGCUUCACUGAUGCAUCAUGUAUGAAAUGACUGAUGUAUCAUCACAACACAAAAACAUCAGCAAAUCAAUACUGCUUUAUGUCACACUUGUGGCUUGUAUAAACGUUCAUAGAUUUGUAUACAUUUUACCAAUAAAUCCUUUGAAA